CCCCACCUCCGUGUCCCCAUCGCCACCCUGCAGCGCCGCCGCCGCCGUCCCCGGAGCCGUGGUGACAUUGGGGUGGCACCCAGAGGGGACGAUGGUGCUGGCGGGGGGACCGGGGGGACAACUGACCCUAUGGGGGGACAACGGGGUGGUGGCCAGGGGCACGAUUACUCCGCCUGCGCCGCCACCCCCGCGCUUCCUCGCCCCAUAGCGGGGUUCUGCCGGGGUCUGCAGGGGGGUCCAGUCCUCAUCCUUUUAGGGGAUGGGCAGCUCUGGUUAUGGGGCGAGGGGGCACCGCCGCGACCCCUGAGGGCCAUCGUGUCCCCGACCCCAUUGGACCCCAAUGACCUCAAGCACCUCUAUGGGGCCGACGAGGACGGCUGUGGGGCCGACGACAGCGGGGCCGAUGCUUAUGGGGUCGCCGCCAAUGGGGUCGACGACAAUGGGGUGACACUGACCCCAUAUCGCCUCCCAGGCUGCCCCAUAGCGGCGCAGGCGCUGCCGGGGGGGGGAUUCCUGCUAUGGGGUGGGAUGGAGAGGCUGCACCUCUGUCACCUGAGGCCCCAUGGGGCCGCAUUCAUGGCCGCCGUCGUCGCCGCGCCGCUGCCCCCAAAGUCGCCCCACGGCCCCACAGUGUGGGUCAGCGGGGUGGAGUGGAAACAGGAUUUUGGGCUCUUCCUGACCCUCUCCGAUGGCUCCAUGUGGGUCUGCACAACUUGGGGACGUGGAGACGCCCAGAGCCAACGAUGGCACCGAAGGAAGGUCUCCCAGCAGGGGGCGCUGUUGGGCCGUUUGGGGGCGGCGCUGCUGACGUCAUCGCGGGACGGAAGCGUCCGCGUGUGGCACCCGAGGGGCGGGGCUCCGCUCUCCCAUUACCGUUGCUCCGCCCCCAUCACCGCCAUGGCGACGAGGCCACGCCCCUCGCCCAACGCCGCGCCCGGAUUGGCUGUGGGCGACGAAGGGGGGCGGGUCUACAUCCUGCGCUGGGACACGCCCCCUGCUUGAAGCCACGCCCCAAAUGGGAUCCAAGCCACGCCCCUUUCUCUGCCCCUCCAAUCAGCGUCCAAUAAAGAUCGUUGG